ACUGAGCUGAAUGACUGGAUUCUGUUCACACAGCGGCAGCAGCGAGAGUGAGACACACACUCAGAGACACACUCAGAGACACAGUGGUGUGAAUGAGUGGGGGGAGAGGGAAAGCUAUACCAGGAAAAGUAAUAGCAGGUUUUCUUUUUCAUAUCGUUGGCGUUAGGUUGAAGGGGGAAAGAGUGCGAGAUUACAACAUAUCCGGGCGAAAGUGAGUAAGAGAGUGAAAAGAACAGGGAGCGUACCCUGUAAUUUGUUUAAGCCGUUGGCCAUACUCCUCAGCCCGGUUAAAGCUGUUCCUCCGAGUGCACAUUUCCUCUCUCGACUCGGUAGAUCUCGGUCGCUUGUUAGCACACAGCAGUCGCGUGCACUUUUCUGCGUAGGCUCCGUGCCAUCGAGUGCACUUGGCAAGUGUUAGUUCUGAGAAAACUGACUCCUAUUUGAUUUGGAAUAACUUCUUAUGCUCUUAUAAGACGUCUUGGUGGUCUGCUUUUAAUGUAGAAAACACGUGCACUACAGUGACAAGUCUGCUCUCAUCUCCUGAUUGCAUGCCCGCGCGCAGAGGAACCGAUCUGACUGGAGUUUGAAAGCGCGCGCGGAGAAGCGAAACUCCUGUCUUUCUUCGCAAACGGCCGUGCGUUUAGAGCAAAGCGGACUCCUGAGGGACGAUGCUGCGGCUGUUCGUGGCUUGGAGCACUCUGGUGGCGCUGUGCGUGAUGGUGGAGGGAGCGCGCGGCGGCGGCGGCGGCGGUUACGGCAUGAGCAUGUUCGCGGCGCAGUCCUCGCCCCCCGACCCGUGCUACGAUGAGAACGGCAACCCUCGCCGCUGCAUCCCCGACUUCGUGAACGCGGCUUUCGGUAAGGACGUGCGCGCGUCCAGCACGUGCGGCACACCGGCGGCGCGCUACUGCGUGGUGAGCGAGAAGGGCGACGAGAGGACGCGCGACUGCCACACGUGCGACGCGACAGACCCGAAGAAGGCGCAUCCGGCCGCGUACCUCACCGACCUCAACAACCCGCACAACCUCACGUGCUGGCAGUCCGAGAGCUACGUGCAGCACCCGCAGAACGUCACCCUCACGCUCUCGCUGGGCAAAAAGUUCGAGGUGACCUACGUGAGCCUGCAGUUCUGCUCGCCGCGGCCCGAGUCCAUGGCCAUCUACAAGUCGAUGGACUACGGCAAGACAUGGACGCCGUUCCAGUUCUACUCGACGCAGUGCAAGAAGAUGUACAACAGACCGAGUCGCGCGGUCAUCACCAAGCAGAACGAGCAGGAGGCCAUCUGCACGGACUCGCACACGGACAUGCAGCCGCUCGCGGGCGGCCUCAUCGCGUUCAGCACUCUGGACGGCAGGCCGUCGGCGCAUGACUUCGAUAAUUCCCCCGUGCUGCAGGACUGGGUCACGGCCACUGACAUCAAGGUGACGUUCAGCCGCUUGCACACGUUCGGCGACGAGAACGAGGACGACUCGGAGCUGGCCAGGGACUCGUACUUCUACUCCGUGUCUGAUCUGCAGGUGGGUGGCCGCUGCAAGUGUAACGGGCACGCGUCGAAGUGUGUGCGCGACCGCGACGGCAACCUGGUGUGUGAGUGCAAACACAACACUGCGGGACCCGAGUGCGACAGGUGCAAACCCUUCCACUAUGACCGGCCAUGGCAGCGCGCUACAGCCAGAGAGGCCAACGAGUGCGUCGCUUGUCACUGUAACCUACAUGCACGUCGCUGUCGGUUCAAUAUGGAGCUGUAUAAGCUGUCAGGACGCAGGAGCGGAGGAGUUUGUCUCAACUGCAGACACAACACCGCCGGACGCCACUGUCACUACUGCAAAGAGGGCUACUACAGAGACAUGACUAAGCCCAUCUCCCACAGACGUGCCUGCAAAGCAUGUGACUGUCACCCAGUCGGUGCUGCAGGUAAGACCUGUAACCAGACCACAGGCCAGUGUCCGUGCAAGGAUGGUGUGACUGGUAUUACCUGCAACCGCUGUGCUAAAGGCUACCAGCAGAGUCGCUCACCCAUCGCCCCAUGCAUCAAGAUUCCAGUCGCGUCCCCCACUGCAACGUACACCAGUUCUGAAGAACCAUCAGACUGUGAAUCCCAUUGCAAGGCCUCCAAGGGGAAACUGAAGGUCACCAUGAAGAAAUAUUGCAAGAAGGACUUUGCUGUCCAAGUGCACGUGCUGAAGGGUGACAAGGCAGGCGAGUGGUGGAAGUUCACCAUUAACAUCAUCUCGGUGUACAAGCAGGGCGAGCACCGCAUCCGACGUGGCGACCAGCUACUGUGGGUGCGCGCCAAGGACGUGGCCUGCAAGUGCCCCAAGAUCAAGCCAGGCAGGAAGUACCUGUUGCUGGGCUCAGACGACGAGGACUCGCGUGGCCAAAGCGGUGUUGUGGCCGACAAGGCCAGCCUGCUCGUCCCCUGGAAGGACCAGUGGGCCCGUCGCCUCCGCAAGUUCCAGCAGCGUGACAAGAGGGGCAAGUGCUAAAGCAGCCGGCAACAGCAAUCAGCACAGGAAGGAGGGAGACGAAGGAAGGAUUGGAGGAAGGACCGAGCGCUGCUAAGCAGACUGAUAUUGCUAGCCUCUGGUAGAAACGGUUGUGAAGGAAUUCUGAUUUCACAGUUGUCUUCAGCCGUUUUUUUCAGUUUUCUUUCAGAUUUUUUUUUGUAUUGUGGAUUUUGCAGAGUUUGCACCUAAUUUUACAUAUACAGUAUGUAAAGUCAUUUUUCGAGUGAUCAGUUUGGUGUCCCUCACUCUAUUUCUUUUUAGAUAGCUUGACAUUCCCCAGCCCCCUUUUACCGAAAUUAGCUACUGUCUCACAUGUCUGGAUUGAGAAAUCAAUCCUUUUUUUAUCACCAAGCUUGUAUUAGAGUGUGCUGUUCUAUUUGUGCAAGCCACUUCCUGAUUUAGUUAUGGCAAAACUAAAGUGAUCUUUGUGGGGUUGCCGGUUUAAUUUUUUUUGUUGUUGUUGUUAAACUCGCAAGUUCAAAGAGUGAACUAACAGAGUGAACUAACAAGCUCUAUGAACCCCACUCUCAAGUAAAGCAACUCUCAAGUAAAGCGUUACGGACAAUACCUCAUUGUUUCACAUAAAGUGUGUUUAUGGAAAGUGAUAUGCCUCACUUAGUGGGAAAAUGAACCACUACUCAUUUAAGUUGAAUGUCAUUUUUGCAAUGUACAGUAUAAAAUACUUGGCCUUACUACCACACAAUAUGUAUGUAUAAAGAAAGUGUCCUCUUUAACCCAUGAUCCCUGAUUACACUUACUUAUAGCUUGUAACAGCUAACAUCUAAAUAUGUUCAAAAAUUUAAAAGUCAGAAAAUGUAGGUUCUUGUUUCAUUAGAUAUAAGGAACCCCUAAAAGGUGAGUUUAAGAUUAUAGAUAAUUACAACUGAAGCAUAAAUCUGAUCUCAUGAAGAAUUCUAAUGUAAGGGUGAUUUCCUUACAGCCUACCAAAAGUUUCUACUAUGUAGCUUUUCAUAACUUCAUUCAUAAAUUAAUACAAGACCCCACCGGUCAUGCAGUCAAAUCUCAUCCAUAAUGUAUAGCUGGAAGGUUAUAAGAAGCCUUAAGUAUAAUACAGUGUUAAGAAAAAUGCAUAUUAUUGACAAGUUGAAGACCAUAAUAACCUAUUUUGCCUUGUGUCAUAAAACAUAGCCCUAUAAUUUGCUUGGUACUUUGUGGAAGGUAUUGUCGUUUUAUUGUUAUUUGUAUAGUUGUAUAGUAUCUUUUAUAUAACAUUAACUAGAUUAUAUUCACAUUAUUAACCAGAGUGUUUAGAACCAUAAACGUAAUGUUUCAACAGAGGAGUAAGAGUGUUUGUGUUUGUUUACAUUGAUUGAUCAAAUAGAGAAGUUGUACAGUAUCUGUUAUAUGAAUGGAGUAUUCAAACACACACACACACACACACACACAAUUGCGUACACACAGCCCACGCUUAAGUUACUGUCAAACUCUGAACUCUGACAGUGGCUUAGAACUGAACAGUAAUUCUAUCUGUCAGCUAGAACAGUCACAAAAGGACGCACGGAAACUAUUUUACAUUUAGAAACAUUCUGAACCAACAUGAACAUUUUGACUAUUUCUUCAACUAUUUGGAGAAUUGUUUUCCGAACCAGGUUUUGGGUGAAGACCUAGCCAUUGUUCAUGGUCUACCUGUAAAUGACAUUUAGCUGUAUUCUUUGUUUUGUCUUAUAAUGCAUACUAAUAUAUAAUGGUUCUCAUAAAAUGAAUCUAUUUAAUGAUGCCGGAAUUGACAUGCCUUUGUUUUUAUUAUUGUUGCUACCAUGAGAUGAUCUUGUGACGUUGUAACCGUUGAACGUACAGAUAGUGAGAAAUUGGAGAUUGUUUUCAAUAAACACCCCAUAAACCCCA